ACUCCAUACAUUCUCUCUCUUCCCUUGUUCAUUUUUUUUUUAUUUUAAAUUUUGACUUUGAGUUGCAUACAUUUUCUGGGUUCCAUUGCAUCCAACGCUGUUCACUCCCAUGGCCCAUGCUCUACAACCUUCAUUCACCUCUUUAUUCAAUUAUUCACUUAUCAUUGUAAACUCUCAAUGGAAUUGAUGUUAUAAAAAGUGUGCUUAAAUAUAUUUUUGUAAUGAAAUUAUACUUUUUUUCUUCUAAUUAUUGGUUAAAUAAUAAUAAACACAAUACGGAUCCUAAAUUGUCUAUUUCUUAAUCUACAUGAGAAAGGAAACAUGAUUAGGGUUAAUAAGGUUGUGUUUUUUCACUUUUCACUGAGUGAUGGUAAUCGUGUAGUCAUAGUUUAUAUUGGAUGUGUGCACGUGAAAAAGAGAUUAUAUUUGAUUUUCACACGCAUUCGCUUGGAAGGGUCUGACAUUUUGAAGUUUAUCAUACGUUUCACAGGAUUACGAGGCCGCAUGGAUUCAAUUGGACAAAAGAAAUACACUAACAUACCAACAAAGGUACAUGAGGUUAAAUUACGUAUAAAUCAUGCAGGCAUGUUUGUUAGUCACCCUUGCCUUAUGUAUGUAAAGGGAAAAGUGAACGAAAUGGAGUGGGGAUGGGAUGUGGAUGAAAUGUCCUACAUUGAUUUGACAAAACUAGUAGAAACCCUUGGGUACAAAGACUUCAAGUGUAUGUGGUAUAGCCACCCAAAGUUUUCUCUUGCUCAUGGGUUAAAUCCAUUAAAUAGCGACGUUGAUGUAUUGAAGUUUGUUAAUGAUGUCAAAGGUUAUGAAGUAGUUGAUGUUUAUGUGGAACAUCUAACAAACACACCAAUUGAAGUUGAAAUUGUUGAUCUUGAUAAUGUUGAAGGUAACUCUAUAAGUGAAGACAAGGGGGAUGAAGAAUCACAAGAUAGAGGUCUAUUUGAGGUUCGAGUUGAAGAAGAAGAUGAUUAUAAAAUUGGAGAAGAUAUGUUGUAUGCAACAAAUGAUGAGGAGGAGGUUGAGAGUGAAGAUAUUUCAGUGGAUGAUAGUGAUCAUGAUGAGAAAUGGGAGUGGACAAGGGUUUUUCCCUUAAACAUAAUUAAUUCAAUUGGUUGUAAGAAAACAAUAUCCUCUUCUACUGAAGGAGGAGAUGUCGAUCACAUUGGUAUUGAUCACAAUAUUGAAGAGGGUGGUAAUGGUGUACGAGCUGCCACCUUAUCUAGAAACUUAGAGCCAAUAACAAAUGUUGAUUUUGAGAUUGAAGAUGAGGAUUCUGAUUUUUUACAAACUCCUUCAGGAAGUGAUGAUGACAAGGAAGAAAGACCUAAAUUUCCAAAAUUUAAAAUGCCUAUAGACAACUCCAAUGUUCGGUUUGAGGUAGGCUUGAUUUUCAACACAAAAAAGGUCGUGAAGGAGGCAAUUAAGGAAUAUGCAAUGGUGCAAAAAAGAAAUCUACACUUUAACAAGAAUGACAAGUCUAGGAUGGUCAUAAGAUGUGUGAAGGAUUGUCCGUUUAAUAUAAGGGUUAGUAAGUCAGAACACCAUGAGUAUUGGCAAGUUGUGAGUUUGUAUGAGAAUCACACAUGUCAUAGAACAGCAAAAAAUAGGCAAGCAAAGACAGAGUGGCUUGCAAGGAAAUUCACAUUGAUUGAGGGAGUGAAGUUUUACAUCACAAAUAGAAUUGUGAGUCAAAGGGGUUUAAUGCUUAGGUAUCAAGGUAAAAUAUGUCCUAUCAUUCAACAAUUGCUUGAGAAAAAUAAACAAGAUUCUAAUGGGUGGAGUCCAAAUUGGUGUGGAGAUGAAAGAUUUUCUCUUUUUGAAGUGUCAAGAGACACAAAAAGAUAUGUGGUAAAUAUUUGUGAGCAUUCAUGUUCUUGUAGAAGAUGGGAAUUGACGGGUAUUCCUUGCUGUCAUGUUAUUGCUUGCAUGUGGCAUAAUAAUUAUGUUGCAGAAGAUUAUGUUUGUAUUCACUACAGAAAGACAACUUUCUUGGCUACAUACUCUCACAUAAGCAUGCCAUCCAAUGGACCUAAUUUAUGGCCUAUAGUUCAUUGUGAGCCUAUAAAACCUCCCCUCAUGAGGAGAGCACCUGGAAGACCUAAGAAACAACGAAAAAGGUCAAUUGAUGAGCCACAGAACCCCCACAAGUUGCCAAGGCAACAUACAACAAUCAAGUGUAAGAAAUGUGAAAAUUUUGGUCACAAUAAAAGGACUUGUAAGGGGAAAACAGUUGCUGACAGGGAAAUUCCCAAAGGUGAAAAUAAGGUCCAAGCUUCUAACACACAUACUGGAGUCCAAGCUUCAAACACACUUGCAUAAGUUGAAGCCUCUGUUACACAUGUACUACAGACUCAAGAAUCACAAGCACCAAUAAUAGAUAGGGCUUGAUCUACAAAGUCUUUAUAGUUUUUUUUUCUUUUCAUUUGACCAGUAAUUAUUAUGUAAGACUCUUCUAUUUAGUCAUAGGGAUUGAUCUUCACUUUAUUAUGUGUUACAUAAGACUGAUGUAUUUAGAUAAAAGGAUAUAAUGAUUUGAAUGUAAUUCGAUAUAUUAUAUUUGGUUGCAUAUAAUGUUUA